CCUCCCCGCCAGACUGGGGGCCCUCCCCGUGGGCCCUGGCCCCGGGGGUCUGCAUGGGUACAGCAGGCCCUCCGUGUCUGACAGAUGACAGUGUGGGUGCUCGUGGGAGGGAGUGACUCGGUGACCCUCCUCCCCCAGCCACGUGCGUGGACCUGCGGCUCCGGACCUGCGGGGAUGCCGCCUACAACCAGACGGCCUUCCCCACGCCGCUGGAGCACCGGUCCCAGGAGGCGGUGGAGUCCAGCUCCGAGUACAUCCUGCUGAGUGUCCUGCACCACCUCCUGGAGGGCCAGUGCAACCCCGACCUGCGGCUGCUGGGCUGCGCCGUGCUGGCCCCGCGGUGCGAGGGUGGCCGGGUGCGCAGGCCCUGCCGGCACGUCUGCGAGGGCCUGCGGGACGCCUGCCAGCCCGCCUUCGAUGCCAUCGACAUGGCCUGGCCCUACUUCCUCGACUGUGGCCGCUACUUCGGGGGCGAGGAGGAAGGCUGCUACGACCCCUUGGAGAAGCUGCGAGGAGGCCUGGAUGUGGAGGAGGCGCUGCCCUCAGGCCUGCCGCCAGCCUUCGUCCACUUUGCCCACCACUCCUACGCCCAGAUGGUGCGCGUGCUGAAGCGGACGGCGGCCCGCUGCUCCCACGUGGCCAGGACCUACAGCAUCGGGCGCAGCUUUGACGGCAAGGAGCUGCUGGUCAUCGAGUUCUCGGGCCGCCCCGGCCAGCACGAGCUGAUGGAGCCUGAGGUGAAGCUCAUCGGCAACAUCCACGGCAAUGAGGUCGCGGGACGGGAGAUGCUCAUAUACUUGGCCCAGUACCUGUGCUCUGAGUACCUGCUGGGCAACCCUCGCAUCCAGCGCCUGCUCAACACCACCCGCAUUCACCUGCUGCCCUCCAUGAACCCCGAUGGCUAUGAGGUGGCAGCUGCCGAGGGUGCCGGCUACAAUGGGUGGACCAGCGGAAGGCAGAACGCACAGAACCUGGACCUGAACCGCAACUUCCCCGACCUGACCUCCGAGUUCUACCGCCUGGCCUCGUCCCGCGGCACGCGCACUGACCACAUCGCCAUCCCACAGCACUACUGGUGGGGUAAGGUGGCGCCUGAGACCAAGGCAGUCAUGAAGUGGACGCGGGCCGUUCCCUUUGUCCUCUCUGCCAGCCUCCACGGGGGCGACCUGGUGGUGUCCUACCCCUUUGACUUCUCCAGACACCCCCACGAGGAGAAGAUGUUUUCUCCCACGCCCGACGAGAAGAUGUUCAAGUUGCUGGCCAGAGCCUAUGCCGACGUCCACCCUAUGAUGAUGGACAAGUCGGAGAACAGGUGUGGGGGCAACUUCCUGAAGAGGGGCAGCAUCAUCAACGGGGCCGACUGGUACAGCUUCACAGGAGGCAUGUCCGACUUCAACUACCUGCACAGCAACUGCUUCGAGAUCACGGUGGAGCUGGGCUGCGUGAAGUUCCCCCCCGCGGAGGCGCUCUACACGCUCUGGCAGCACAACAAGGAGCCGCUGCUGAACUUCGUGGAGAUGGUGCACCGGGGCAUCAAAGGUGUGGUGAUGGACAAGUUUGGCAAGCCGGUUAAAAACGCCCGUAUUUCAGUCAAGGGGAUUCGUCAUGACAUCACCACAGCCCCAGAUGGCGACUAUUGGAGACUGCUCCCCCCGGGGACCCACAUCGUCAUUGCUCAAGCUCCUGGCUACUCCAAGGUCAUCAAGAAGGUCACCAUCCCUGCCCGGAUGAAGAGGGCCGGCCGAGUGGACUUUAUUCUCCAGCCUCUGGGGACUGGACCUAAGAAAUCCCUGCAGGGGCCUCGGAGAAGUGGGCCUGGGCUCCGAGACCCAGCAGGGGGCGCCGGCCCCCACGGGGAGCCCGAGGAGCUGGGCCGGGGGCCCCAGCGGAGGCAGCCGGGGCCGGACGGGAGCAAGCCGUGGUGGUGGUCCUACUUCACGUCUCUGAGCCAGCACAAGCCGCGCUGGCUGCUCAAGUACUAG